CCUUUUUGGCGCCCCGGGGGAGAGCAGCAUCCCUCCCGCUCUGGCCAGCCGCGUGGUGGACCUGCGGAGCGACACCGUGACCCGGCCCAGCCCGGCCAUGAGGCAAGCCAUGGCUCGGGCGGAAGUCGGCCAGGACGACUACGGGGAGGACCCCACCGUCAAUGAGCUGCAGAGAGUGGCGGCUGAGCUCCUUGGAAUGGAAGAGGCUCUGUUUGUUCCCACAACCACCAUGGCCAACCUCAUUGCCGUCAUGUGCCACUGCCACAGACGAGGGGCGCAGGUCCUACUCGGGAAGAAGUCCCACAUCCAUGUUUUUGAGCAGGGAGGGGUCUCCCAGGUGGCUGGAGUCCAUUCACAACUAUUGCAGGAUCUGCCCAAUGGGACCUUCUGUCUUGAUGAAGUGGAACGCAAGAUCCAGGAGUCCCACAGAAGCAAAUAUCACCCCCGCCCUGAGCUCAUCUGCCUGGAGAACACACACUGCUCAGCCGGGGGACGCGUCCUUCCUCUCACAUACCUGCAGGAAUUGCGUCAGCUAUCCCAGCGGUAUAGGUUGCGGAUACACAUGGAUGGUGCCCGUUUGCUUAAUGCUGCUGUAGCACUGGGAGUGCCAGCAAGUCAUAUCUCUCAGCACUGUGAUUCCAUCUCUUUGUGCCUCUCUAAGGGCGUAGGGGCACCGGUAGGCUCACUUCUGGUAGGAUCCAAAGAGUUCAUCUCCGACGCCUGGCGUGUGCGCAAGCUCCUUGGAGGUGGGAUGUGCCAGGCAGGGGUUCUGGCAGCAGCAGGCCUUGUUGCAUUAAGCCAUGUGGAGGAGACACUACAAAGGGAUCAUAGCAACGCCAGGUGCUUUGCCCAAGGUGUCUGUGCUCUUGGUUCUUCUCUCUGCUCCAUAAAUCCAGCCACAGUGGAGACCAAUAUUGUCAUGGUGACAUUGCCAACACCCAGGCUGACUCCUGACAGAUUGUGCGAGCUAAUGGAGGCUGUGAGUGCAGAGGAGAUGGCUGACACUGGCCAUGCCAUUAGCGUGCGGCUCUUCCCAUGGGGUGAGCACAGCUUCCGUGCCGUCUGGCACUGCGACAUCUCCCCUCAUGACACACAACUGGCGUUGAACAAAUUGCACUUUGUGCUGGACCACUGUGAGCAGUGACAUCCUUUCAG